GCGACGUCAUAUAACAUGGCGGACGAGAGAGGUUUGAAAAUAAACAAAACUCACCACCGCAAAGUGCAAAGCUUAUCGCUUAGUUCCUGCCCUGAAAAGCUUCGCAUCCAUCUACUAGAACGUAACGAUCCGGCAGUUUUUGAUGGCGCAGCAAGGCAGUGGGUAUGUUGUAACUGGACACCAGAAUUUCUGGCUCAGGAACUUCGCGAUCUUCGAACAAGUUUUCGAUUUUGUGCGAGACAGAACCCGUCUGUCAAUGGAAAUUCGUGUAAGAAAACCAUUAUGGAAACAGACUGUGAAUUUGAGAAAGCAAGCUUUGACGAGUUUUGUCAAUGGUUGAAUGGCUGCACAGAAAGAUCGGGAUGUUUGUCUCGUUUUCAAAGACAAAACUAUUGGUGCUAUGCAGAUUACAAAUAUAUGGCUGAAUUAUUCAAAGAUUUUCCUCAUUUACGCAAGUCUGUUGACUGGAGCUGCUUUGGUUUUCCUGAGAGAAGUGGUGAUGAAUCAACAAUAUGGAUUGGAAGUGCUGAAGCAUCAACUCCAUGUCAUGUUGAUACAUAUGGUUGUAAUUUAGUUGCACAGAUCUAUGGGACAAAGAGAUGGAUUCUCUUUCCACCAAGUGAAACCUCCAACUUGUAUCCAACCAGAAUUCCUUAUGAGGAAUCCAGUGUGUUUAGUCAAGUUAACAUCACCAAUCCAGAUUUAACAAGGUUUCCAGCCUUUGAAAAUGUUCUUCAAUAUGAGAUAAUUCUUAAACCUGGUGAUGUUCUGUUUGUGCCUAAGAAGUGGUGGCAUUAUGUGGAAUCAUUAGAAACAUCAAUAAGCAUCAACACAUGGAUUGAACUGGAAAGUGAUCACUUGGAGAGAGUCAAAGAGGCACUUAUCAGAACUCUGGUGUCUGCCUUAAAGAAGGAGGAGGGAGCAGCUGAAGUAACAUGGCUGAACCCAUCAGAGGAAAUUGGAACACAUGCACAAAACAUGAGUUACUUGUAUCAAGCAUUGUGUGCAAUGAAACAGAGGACAAGCUGUGAUGUCGACACAUCUUACUCGGAUGGGACACAACCUAGAUACACUGAUCAAAAUAAAAGUGAUAUACUUUCUACAGAUGAUCUCAUAAACUGCAUGACAUCCCCUGAGGUUAUCAAUGCAAUGAUGUCUCAAGCUCUCAAAAAAUUUGGAAUUUGCCAAACAAUUAACUUGCCCUUGAAGUCUCCAAGUGUAGAACAGCAGAAAUUGAAGACCACACAGACAGUCAAAAUGGAGAGAAACUCGAAUUGCAAUUCUAGUUCUUGCAGUUAUGUACUAGAUGAAACAGUGAGAUCUGAAAAUAUUGGUUCAGGGUUUUCUCAGCCAUCCACUGAACAGGAAAUUUCAGAGCAUCCCCCACUGAAAAGAAACUGUACUGACAAGGAAAGAAAUUAGACAAGUACUUAAUGUCACACAAAGGAUGAUACCCAGCAUGAACACGCCCCCAAAUGGGGAUGAAAAUGUUGUCAUUGGGAGAAAGUACUUCCAUCCACGGGGCGAAUUCAUGGGAUGAUAACAAGCCCUGAAAAGUUAUAGCAUGAGAGGUAGAAUUUAAUCCAAGCUGACAACCAAUUUCUGUUUGCAGUUAAAUUAAAAGAAGUGAUGAAUUCAUUCUUUCCUUGAACUUCUUUGCACAAAACAGAGCAGUUACAGAGUUUUAAAAUUUCAAAAAAUUUAAUAUUUAGUUAGUAUACAGGCUCUCGUUGAUUAAUAGAUGUUUAAAUAACAGUACAUAGGCAUAGCAGUGAAGAUUUCCUCUUUUUGAUAAAUGUUUUUGUAGUAAGUAGUAGGAGAAGUUUUCAAGAUGUAAAGAGCCUAAUCUUGAUGCGCAAAGUGGUGGACGAAUUGUUGAGAGUUAUGCAAACCCUCGCCUGUAUGGGGGGUUUUCGUAUUUUUCAUUUUCAGACGAGGCCUUACGAAGGUUAGAAUUCUACUGGUGCGCGAGAUACUAACGUGACAAUCCAUCAAAAGAGAAUCCUGACAGUGCACGAGAUACCAACGUAACAUACCAUCAAAAGAUAAGGCCAACAGUGCGCGAAAUACGUACAUCUUAUUAUGCCUAGACGUUCUGGUGUGUAGUAUCGCUGAGUAUUGUUGUCGGUUUAACAAGCCGACUGGUUAAACAUGUGUUAUUCAGUACCAAAUAACCAACUGUCCAAAUAACCGUGCAAUAUCGCAGGAUAUUUGUACUCUAUCUAGUGCAGCUGAAUAAUAAUGACGAAGCAUUCCAUCAAAAUAAAAUCCUAUCGGUGCUCAA